AUGGAAGAAACAUUGAACGAAAGACCAACGAUGAGGAAGUCUACAUCACAAAAGACACUACCACCUAUACCAUUUGAAGAUAUCGACACCCACACAAAAGACAAUACUGAAACAUCUCCUGGGCAACUAUCAAGCCCAAACGCUUUGAAACAGCUUGACAUAUUGUUGAGAGAAUCUACACCUAAAGGAGAGCCAGAUGAAGAGAUGAAAGAGCCACAAGCGUUAUCCGAUAGUGAAGAGGAUUCUUUAGACGACGACGACGACUUUGACUUUAACCAGUUGACCUUUGACGAAGUGGAUGAUCAAAUGGUAGCUUUUCAAGAGGACGAAAUUGUGAGCCAAGCCCUGGAAAAUGAAAUGGAUUUGCGUGAAUAUGCAAAGCAAAUUGCACAGGAAAAGACGUCAGUUCAACGAGAUCUGGAGAAUAACUAUAUCGAGCAUGUGCAAUCAUUUGUCGACUUGCACGCAGAAAUUCAGACCUGCGAUGAGGUGUUAGGCCGCAUGGAACAAUUGCUGAGUGUGUUUCAAAGCGAUUUGGGCAAUAUCAGCGGGGAAAUCCAAACAUUGCAGGAGCAAUCCACAUUCAUGAGCGUCAAAUUGAGGAAUCGAAAGACAGUGGAAAGUAGAUUGGGAAAAGCACUACAAGGCAUGGUUAUCCCACCCGAUGUCAUCAAGAAGAUUACAGAAGGAGACGUGGACGAAUUAUGGCUGGAAUACCUGCUGACGAUCAAUAAGCAGAUGAGAUUCGUCAAAGCAAAUCAACAUAGACCCAUCAAAGCGUUGCGCAAUGUGGGUCCAGAACUGGAGAAGUUACGUUUGAAAGCUGCUGCCACUAUUCGAGACUUCUUUGUGUCCCGAAUCCAGCUAUUAUGUGUGCCCAACGCCAACAUCCAAAUCAUGCAACAAUCUGUCUUUUUAAAAUACAAGGAACUGCACUUUUUUGUAUUGGAGAGACAUCAUGAAGCCGCAAGAGAGAUUAGACAAUCGUACAUGAACUCUUUAAGGUGGUAUUUCCAGAAUCACUUUGAAAGAUACAGCAAAGGGCUUUUGAAGCUUCAAGCUGCAGCUGCUGACAAGACAGAUUUGAUUGGCGUAGAGGAGAAUAACCGUAAAGGAGGCCUAUUUGGAACAAGCAAAGUGGCACUAAAAGACAAGACAAAUCUUUUUGCCUUGGGAGAUAGAAGCAAUACCUUAAGAAUUCAAGAUCCCGGUGUGAUUCUUGUGCAUGUAGCUGAAGCCAAGGAGCAGAAAUAUCAAUUUGAGCAGCUCUUCAGAAGCUUCAAUCUGACGUUGAUCGAUAAUGCCAGCUCAGAGUAUUUGUUCAUCUACGAAUUCUUUUCCAGAGAUCCUAAAACUGCUGCCGAUACUGCCAAACUUAUAUUCCAGUUCAUUUUUGAGCCAACAGAAAAAGUCGGCAUGAAUUUUACAAAAGCCUAUGUCGAAAACUGCUAUGACGCAGUAGGGCUCCUGCUAUGUAUCCGAAUCAACACACAACUAGCACUUGAGUUGCAGCGAAGAAGAGUGCCAGCAUUAGAGGGGUAUACCAAUGCGACAAACAUGCUGAUAUGGCCCAGAUUCCAAUACGUGAUGUCCCUGCAUGUGGAAAGCCUGAAAAAGAUGUUCAACAGCAGAUCAGUGAUGAGUGCAGUGAAGGACAUUCACCCACAUUAUAUUACAAGACGAUACUCUGAAUUUGCAGCGUCCCUGCUUGUGUUGAAUGAUGGCUACGACGAUGCCAUUCUAUCAAAAAGUGUCCACAAAUUACGCGAUGAAUUUGAGGCAGUUUUAUCACGCAUGUCGCAUGAAUUUCCAGAAUCACCUAGACGAAUUGCAUUUCUCAUCAACAAUUACGACUUGAUUGUUUCUGUCUUUCAGGAAACCCACAGCAGAGCUGUAGAUGCAGAGCUGGACUACAUUAAGCAGUUGCUUGCCCUGCAAACGAGCGCGUUUGUGGAUGAGCAGCUUAAACCCUAUUUUGGAGCAUUGAUUGACCUCGUUAAAAAAUCAGAGCACAUGCAAGACUUGACCACCAUUGAGAUACCCGACCUUGAAAGAAUCACGGCCCAUUUUGCGCAAACAUGGCGACAAUCACUCAAAUCGAUCAACGCAUCCGUGAUCCAGUACUUUUCCAACUUCAAAAACGGAACCACAGUGUUACAUGCCGUAUUAGGUCAAUUAAUUGUUUAUUAUACGAAAUUUCUGAAUAUUUUGGAAAGAAGAGGUGGAGGAGCUUCACGUAUUCAACCUGUGGGCGUUCAAACGUUGAUGGUAGAGAUCAAAAAAUUUAGAAGCACUUUCUAA